AUGGCUGGCAAAGCAAGUUCCACCUUGGUCUUUGAGCUUCGUAAUUGGUGCAGAGGAGAAGGAAUUGAUUCCGCCAAGGCUAUUCUGUUAACCAGAGUGGCAGAAGAAGCAGAGGUAGCAUUCAUUGAAGAAACUCUGCAGCAGAUCAAAUCACUUGGCCGAGUGCGAGUGAGAGGAAAAAUGUUCAAAUCUGAUCAAAACUACAUGGCUGUGUUAUGUGAAUGCAGUGAAACAAUAGAUGCAGCCACCCUUCUUCCUGAUGUUAUGCCCUUGGGUGGAGGGGAUACGUGGAUUAUAACAACUGCAGGUGAUGAGAGCCAUGGUACAGAGAGUUUUGCAGAGAAAUUGUCUACACUAUUAAGAGAUGAGGGUAAGACAAUGGAAGAUGCCCAAGCUCUCUUAUCUCCUAACUUGGGUUCAGGUAAUAGCCCUGAGUCUAUAAUUAGAGCUGUAGGGGAUCUCCUAGAAAAAACAACCACAUCUACCUCGGAAAGCAGUGUUUACCGCCGCCUUAGAACUUUUUCGGGAGUAAGCCCUACUCCUGCUGGAGAAGAAAAUCUAGAGAGUUGGAGUGAACAAGCAAGACUGAUGGUAGAGGAAUGUGACUGUCCUGUCAAAGAAAAGAAGAGGAGAAUUGUUGAGAGUUUAAAAGGCCCCGCACUAGAUAUCAUUCAAGCCGUGAGACUUACCAACUCAAGUGCAAGUCCUAUGGAAUACAUUGAGGCAUUGGAAAGUGCAUUCGGUACGUCCGAGUCUGGAGAAGACCUGUACUUUGCAUUUAGGUUACUGAGACAAAAGCCAGGUGAGCUGUUAUCUGCCUUUCUCAGAAGAAUAGAGAAAUCGCUUACUAAACUUGUACAGAAAGGAGGUCUUGAGCGUGAGUUAGCGGAUAGAGCUAGAGGCUUAUUCGUGGUGCAACAGAGUCUGAUUUGA